CAAAUUUUCCUUCUCUCCAGGAAUGAUUCCAUGGGUAGUUUUGCUUAUUCCUCAAAUUCUAGCUGGCACUAUACAUGAGCCAGAGAAGCCAGACCCAUUGACGGAGGUGCACCAGGAUCUGGCACGAAAAGCCGUCGAAGAUUUGAAUGCUCGAUCGAAUGAUUUGUAUCGUUGGGAUGUUUACUCGAUUGAUCAAGUACAUCAACAGAUGUACAAUGGAAUACAGUAUCAAAUACAAUUGACCCUGGUGCAAACUGACUGCAGAAAGACGGGUAGGCAGCUGUCUCGAACAGACUGUAAACAUACGGAUCGACUGAAGAAAUGCACAGCCGAAGGAGAGCAUCGAGCCUGGGAAAACUACGAAAAGAUCGAAAUGAAGCAUUGCGAAGAACCAUAUCGAAGGACGAAGCGGCAGACUAAGAAAUCCAUGGAUUUUGUUGAUCGCAGCAAAGUGAGCCGCCAUAUCAAACCGAAGGACUACGUUGCAUGGAAUCAAUUCAGCGAUUUUCUCGACAGGCAUGAGAAGGUCUAUGACAGCAAACGCGACACCCUCAAGAGAUUCCGCAUUUUCAAAAGAAAUUUAAAGACCAUUCGAAUGUGGCAAGAGAGGGAUGACGGAACAGCUGUUUAUGGAAUUACACAGUUUUCCGAUUUGACCCCAGAGGAGUUCAAAAAGAUCUAUCUACCUUAUACCUGGGAAGAGCCAAUCUGGCCUAACAAGAUCGCUGAUCUUGAAGCUGAAGGAAUUGAUGUGAGCAAGGACCUUCCCGAAUCGUUCGACUGGCGACCGAAGGGAGCAGUCACAGAAGUGAAGAAUCAAGGCAGUUGUGGAAGCUGUUGGGCUUUCUCCACGACUGGAAAUAUCGAGGGACAAUGGUUCCUGGCUAAGAAGAAGCUGGUAUCCCUCUCAGAGCAAGAAUUAGUUGACUGCGAUACUGUGGACCAAGGAUGCAACGGUGGUCUUCCCAGUCAGGCUUAUAAGGAAAUUAUCCGCAUGGGAGGCUUGGAACCUGAAGACGCAUACCCCUAUGAUGGAAGGGGAGAAACUUGCCAUCUUGUGCGAAAGGAAAUAGCUGUAUACAUCAAUGACUCCCUUGAACUACCUCACGAUGAACAAAGUAUGAUGUCGUGGUUAGUGAACAAAGGACCUAUAUCUAUAGGAAUCAACGCAAAUAAUUUGCAAUUUUAUCGUCAUGGUAUCUCUCAUCCAUGGAAAAUCGUUUGCGAGCCUUUCAUGCUCAACCACGGUGUUCUGAUUGUUGGUUACGGCACCGAGAAGAACAAGCCUUACUGGAUCAUCAAGAAUUCGUGGGGUCCAAAGUGGGGUGAGAGCGGGUAUUACAGGCUUUACCGAGGUAAGAACGUGUGCGGCGUGCAAGAGAUGGCCACUUCUGCUGUUAUUAACUGAAUUUGAUACGUCUUGUGUCCGAUUUACAUUGUUUUGUUUGUCUACUUCUCUAGAAACUGUCAUUGCCUAAACAAUAAAUACAAAUGCUCA